UGGGCCGGGUAGGGCUUUGGUUUCCUGCAGAAGGCCGGCCUACUAGGAGAGGGAGACUCAAACGGGGACCGGCCUUCCACCAGAUCCAGAGUCUAGGACCCAAGGUGCUACCCCCUGAGGGGCCGUGGUCACUUGAGAGCGAGGCCUUAGAGCUCUGGAAGGUCGGGUUCUGAGUAGCCGGGCCGUGAAGUGCGGGAGGCUGCUAUUCGAAUGUUAUUCGGCUCUUGUCUGCCUGGCAGCAUGAGGCAUCGCACCCUAACCUCCAGCCCGGGCCUCUGGGCCUCUGUCCCGUGUCCACGCUCCGAGCUGCGACUGGACCUGGUUUUAGCUUCUGGACAGUCCUUCAGGUGGAGGGAGCAAAGCCCUGCGCACUGGAGUGGGGUGUUGGCGGAUCAGGUAUGGACACUGACUCAGACCGAGGAGCAGCUCUAUUGCACUGUGUACCGAGAAGACAAGAGCCAGGCCGGCAGGCCCACCCUAGAGGAGCUGGAAGCCUUACACAAGUACUUUCAGCUGGAUGUCAGCCUGGCUCAGCUGUAUAGCCAUUGGGCUUCUGUAGACUCCCACUUCCAAACAGUGGCUCAGAAAUUCCAAGGUGUGAGAUUGCUGAGACAAGACCCCACGGAAUGCCUUUUCUCCUUCAUCUGCUCCUCCAACAACAACAUUGCUCGAAUCACCGGCAUGGUAGAACGGCUAUGCCAGACCUUUGGACCUCGACUCAUUCAGCUUGAUGAUGUCACUUAUCAUGGUUUCCCCAGCCUUCAGGCCCUGGCUGGUCCAGAGGCAGAGGCUCACCUCAGAAAGUUGGGCCUAGGGUACCGAGCCCGCUACGUAUGUGCCAGCGCCGAAGCUAUCCUCAAGGAGAAAGGCGGGCUGGCUUGGCUGCAGCAACUUCAAGCGGCCCCUUAUGAAGAGGCCCACAAGGCCCUUUGCACCCUGCCCGGGGUGGGCACCAAGGUGGCUGACUGCAUCUGUUUAAUGGCCCUUGACAAACCCCAGGCUGUGCCUGUGGACGUCCAUGUAUGGCAGAUCGCCCAGCGUGACUACGGCUGGCAACCUAACACAUCCCAGGCUAAGGGCCCGAGCCCUCUGGCCAACAAAGAACUGGGAAACUUUUUCCGGAAUCUCUGGGGACCUUAUGCUGGCUGGGCCCAAGCAGUGCUGUUCAGCGCUGAUCUACGCCAAGCAAACCAGGCUCAGAAGCCACCAGCAAAGCGCAGGAAGGGCUCUAAGAGGCCGGAAGGCUAGGGCCUUCUUGGCAAUGCAUUUGAUGGCCACCAGCUUCUGAGUCCUCUUGUCUUCUGCCAGGAUUACCUCUGAGAAGGCACCCCUGUGAGAUAGAGGUUUGCAAGGUGAGGAGCUAGAAUCUCAGCUUCCCUUGCUCUCUCCUUCAUCCGCCGUAGCCUGCAUGACCGCCUGUGUCCUUCACUUUUCUACCCCCUGGCUCCAGAGGUGGUCACAUAAGCCAGACCUGGCCAGUCAGAGUUGUCUGUCCCCUGACUCAAUAACUGGUCACAUACGUGCCCGUUUCCUGGCACUGGACAGGAGGUACUCGCCUAGUAAGUUAGUAGGAUGUAACCCUGGAGUGGAUGGCAGAUAACUUUGUCAGUGCUUGAAGAGAAUCUGCUUCAGACUGAAGCCAACCAGAGGAAGCCAAGCUCAUAUGAUAACAUGUGAGCCAACUGGGCCUGAACUCUACUCCUGUGACAUUUGAUUGUGUGUGAUUGAUUUUUUUUUCUGUUAAAGUCAAUUUGAGUUGUGGGUAAUUUAAUGCCCUUUAGAACCUCAGAAUUAAACCAUUACCUGAGAGUGUUUUGAAAUGCAAUCUCAGGUCUCAACCACCCCAGACUUUCUAUCAAAUGCUGCAUUUUAAAUGGUCCAUGCCUAAUUUGUAUGCUUAGUGUGUUUAAGAGGCAGGGGUUUAUCCCAGACUCAUAGCAACAAAUAAAUCCAUUCAUCCUGGCACUCACUGAUCAAGGAGGAUCUACAUCUGUUUGUUCUCCCUGGGAGAAUAAGAAGUCCUAAGUCAGAAUCACCCCUCGAGGCAUUCCAAUCAUCAAGGACAACUAAUGACUGAUCACAACAAUGGUUUCCAUUCUUGGCUCCCCAAUUUUUUUCUUUUUUUUCAGAUUCAUUUGCUUUGAGGGUUUUGUCUGCAUGCAUACCUGGUGCCCCACAAAGGUCAGAAGAGGCCAUCAGAGCCCCUGGGUCUAGAGUUACAGAUGCUUGUGAGCCACCAUCAGUGCUGAGAACUGAACCUAGUCCUCUGCAAGAGCAACUAGUGCUCUAACUAUUGAGCCACCUCUCCUGCACCUAUGGCUAGCCCUAAAUGCCUUCCUCUAUCCUGUGAAAUGACCUCUUGCGUCCUUAGCCUGUUCUCAAGGCUUUGCAUUCUCUGCCCCUUUCCAUCUCUUGCAGCUUCAACUCCUCCCAGCCCUAACUCUGAGCUCCAGCAGACUCUACCUCUUUCUAAGGCAGCUUGGCCUCUGAGCCUUUGCAUGCUUUGGUCCCCCUGCCUUGAGUUCCCUUCCUUCUUCCUGGCAAGCAUAAGCCUGUCCUGUCCAUCUUCCCUUUCAACCUCUGGAUCUCAUGUCUCCUUCAGGGAGUGUUCUCCAGCCAGAAGAGACGGCUCAGCCUCUACAGCCUCAAUAAGAGCAUAAUAUACAUCUACCUGUCAUUUUGUGUCUGUCUCUCUGAGACCAGCUUGUAAAGGAAGAAACCUGGGUUGAGUUAAAU